GACGCAAACCAGUUUCAGGAGAAGCAAGGGUAAAAAAAAAAGUAGGCUUUAUUUUGUGCAGGGAGAAGGCGUGGACUUCCUCCGGACCCUUCCAGGAGAAUUCCAGCUUGAGAGACGUGCGAGAGGUGCAGACAUGGACUGGGGCACCGAUUUGUGGGACCAGAACGACGUGAUCGACAAGCAUACUCAGUCGGGCUUGGACCUGGUGGAGCGCUACAUCAAGUUUGUCAAGGAGCGCACGGAGAUCGAGCAGAGCUACGCCAAGCAGCUCAGGAAUCUGUCCAAGAAGUAUGCCAAGAGAGGAAGCAAAGAUGAGCAGGACUGCAGAUUCAGCAACCACGCGGCCUUGCAAGAGAUCUUGAGCGAGAUGAACGACUACGCGGGGCAGCGGGAGCUGAUCGCCGAGAGCAUGAUGACCAGCAUCUGCGUGGAGCUCACCAAGUUCCUGCAGGACCUCAAGCAAGACCGCAAAGCGCACCUUUCUGACGCCAAGAAAGCCCAACAGAACCUGGAGAGCAGCUUCAAGCUGCUGGAAAGUACAAAGAAGCGCUUCGCCAAGGAAUGGGGAGAAGCUGAUAAAGCGACGCAACAGGUGGAGAAAAUUGAGAGCGACCCCAACGCCAUAAAGAUAGACGUAGACAAAGCCAGGCAGCACGCACAGGCCCGCACGCACACGGCGCAUGAAUGCCGCAGCGACUACGCGGCGCAGCUGCAGAAGUUCAACAAGGAGCAGAAAUACUUUUACUACUCGGAGAUCCCGCAGAUAUUCAAUAAGCUACAGGACCUCGAUGAGCGCCGGAUUCGCCGUCUGGCGGAAGGAUACAGCCAGUUCUCAGACUUGGAGAAGAAGGUGCAGCCCAUCAUCUCCAAAUGUCUCGACGGAAUCUCGGCGGCCGGAGCAAAAGUGGAUGAAAAGCAGGACUCGCUUCUGUUGGUGGAGCAGCACAAGUCGGGCUUCGAGCGCCCCUGCGACUUGGACUUUGAGGACUACACGCAGGGAAUCAAAGCGGCCGGCUCCGACUCCAGCCUCAACCUGCCUAAAGUUCGCGGCAAACUUUGGCCCUUCAGCAGGAAGCACAAGACGUCGCCCCAUGCCGAGAAGCACCUGCCGCCGCCGGCAGAGGACUGCUCUCACCUUCCUCCCGAGCAAAGGAAGAAGAUGCUGCAGGCCAAGAUCGACGACGUGUCCAAAAAACUUCACAUGACGCUGGAGACCAGCGAGGCCCUGGAGAAGAUGAAAGGCGUGUACGAGCAGAACCCCGACAUGGGCAACCCGUCCAUUCUGGAGCCGCAGAUCACCGAGACGGCGCAGAACAUCGGAUACCUGCGCGGCGAGCUUGCCAAAUACGAAACUUGGUUGUCAGAGGCGGUGGGAGGAGACGAAUGCGUCAAUGCCAUCAACAACCACCACCACCUCACGGAAAAACCGGCGGAGCCGUCUGAAAACCAACACAACAUUUACACCGAGUUUGACGAUGACUUUGAAGACUGUGGUCAGUGCACGGCUUUGUACACCUUUGAAGGCAACAGCGAGGGCACCAUCUCGGUGACAGACGGCGAGCUUCUGACCAUCAUGGAGGAGGACAAAGGCGACGGGUGGAUGCGGGUCGUCCGGGCCAACGGGGAGGAGGGCUUCAUCCCGUCCUCCUACGUCAAGCUGGUGUCCUAACGUCACAGCUCAUCCUCCCACACACACACACACACACACACACACACACACCAUGCACCCAUCAGUCUUUGUCACAAUGGUGCAAAGACGUAACGCCGAUCUAAUAUUUGACAACAAACAUACGCAAUGUAACAGAUUAUCACGCAGAUGAUUGAAAGUGCAUGUCACACAAGAAAAAGCCCGUCCUGCACUUUUUCUCCUCCGGAAAACCAAAAAAACGCAAUUCCAUUGCCCUCCUGUUCCUGCAUAGCAAAAAAUGACUGCUUUUAAAACAUUCGUUAUCCAUCUGAGCUGUCAAAAUAAAAGUCCUCUCUUUUUUUUGUUUUUUUAA